AUGGGUCUCCUCACCCUCGUCGAAGACCGGCCGACGCCCAAGGCCGUUUACAACUGGCGCGUCUACGCCUGCGCGACCAUUGCCUCGUUCGCGUCAUGCAUGAUUGGCUAUGACUCCGCCUUCAUUGGGACGACUCUGUCUCUACCAGCCUUUGAGCAAGAGUUCAAGUUUGACAAGAUGAGCGACGACCACCUAGCCCUCGUCAAAGCCAACAUCGUCUCCGUCUAUCAAGCCGGCGCCUUCUUUGGAUCCCUCUUCGCAUACGUCAGCAGCUACUUCCUCGGCCGCAAAAAGUCGCUACAGCUCUUUACCACUGUAUUCAUCCUGGGCGCUGGUAUAAUGCUGGGCGCCAACAGCCACCGCGGCCUGGGCCUCAUUAUCGCCGGGCGUAUCUUGGCUGGAAUCGGUGUUGGAGGCGCAUCCAACAUGACGCCAAUCUACAUUGCCGAGCUUGCUCCCCCGGCCGUCCGCGGCCGUUUGGUCGGCAUCUACGAGGCCGGCUGGCAGAUUGGCGGGCUUGUGGGAUUCUGGAUCAACUAUGGCCUCAGCGAAACCAUGGAACCAUCGCACAAGCAGUGGCUUAUUCCCUUUGCCGUCCAGCUCAUACCCGCCGGUCUCUUGCUCAGUGGGGCUUUCUGGAUUCGUGAGUCUCCGCGUUGGCUCUUCUCCCAAGGCCGGCGCGAGGAAGCCUUGAAGAACCUAUGCUGGAUCCGUAAGCUGGACGUCAACGACCUGUAUAUGGUGGAAGAAGUUGCAUUUAUCGAUGCAGCUCUGGACGCACAACGUGCUAACCUCGGGAGGGGCUUCUGGAAGCCAUUCCAGGCAGUGGGUCAGUCCCACAAGGUCCAAUGGCGAUUCUUCCUUGGAGGCAUGCUAUUCCUGUGGCAAAACGGCAGCGGAAUCAAUGCUAUCAACUAUUAUUCACCUACAGUCUUCAAAUCUAUUGGAAUCACAGGAACGAACUCGAGUUUCUUGACGACCGGCAUCUUCGGUGUUGUCAAAACCGUCGUUACUUUCAUCUGGCUGUUCUUCCUCAUCGACUUGGUCGGGCGACGCCUCAUGCUAAUGAUCGGAGCCACGGGCGGCAGUUUGUGCAUGUGGUUCAUCGGAGCGUACAUUAAAGUGGCCGACGUGGAGAACACCAAGCGCAGCAGCCUCGACGCCGGAGGCACCGCGGCCAUGGUCUUCUUCUACCUCUGGACAGCCUUCUACACGCCGUCAUGGAACGGCACGCCAUGGGUGGUCAACGCCGAGAUGUUCGACCAGGACACGCGCUCGCUGGGCCAGGCCUCCGCCGCCGCAAAUAAUUGGUUUUGGAAUUUCAUCAUCUCGCGGUUCACGCCGCAGAUGUUCCUGGCCAUGGGCUACGGCGUUUACUUCUUCUUCGCCAGCCUGAUGCUCCUCAGCGUCGUGUUUGUCUACUUCCUCCUGCCGGAGACCAAGGCCGUGCCGCUCGAGAACAUGGACCGCUUGUUCCAGAUCAAGCCGUGCAGGAAGGCGAACUCGGUCGUCAUGGCCGAGCUGAAGGAGAUGGAGGAGAGCUUCCGCCACGAUGCCGAGGGUGCGGACUUGUCGCUGGAGAAG